AUGACUCGCAUCGGAAGUGUCCUUCUGGUCGCCGUUUUAGCACAUAACUCAAUUGUUACGGCUAUCGAUUAUGGAAAUGCGAGCUCUUGUCCAAAAGCAGCGAAAUAUGGAACAGGACCCCCAGAAUCCUGUACAGAACCAACUGAUCCUAACAACAUGCCACCUUCUGAACUAGAGUCAUGGUUCACUCAAGAAAUGUUUGAAGACCUAUUCCCAUUUGCGAAUCUCGGAUGGGGGCCGUCUAGCUGCUGGCCAUAUUCCUAUGCAGCUUUUAGGAUUGCGUCGAGAUAUUUCCCAGAGUUUGGUACUUCUAUCAAUGUGACGAAUACAGUGUACACUGCCGAUGAGAACAAGAAGCGUGAUUUGGCAGCAUUCUUCGCUCACGCUGUUCAGGAAACUGGAGAGAAUAACAUUGCCCUUUAUGACACCCUUGCCGACCAAGAUGCCUCCAACUGUUUCUAUCGUGGAGGAUUCUACAACUGGUUCGAAGGAGGACCAACCAGCAGUUUCCUCGAUCCAAAAACUCCUGGAUACACUCCAGCUGACGGUGCCUCAUGUGCUUCUGCUGGUCAAUACUGCUCUGCUUCCGAUCAAAUCACUUAUUUCUAUCCUUGCUCCAACGCUACCAUUGGCAACACCGCAGCUCCAUACAAAGGAUGUUAUUUCGGUCGUGGAGCCAUUCAAAUCUCUUACAAUUACAACUAUGGGCAAUUCCAAGACUGGUUGAGAUCAGUGAAUAUUAACGUUGACUUGUUGAAUGAGCCAAAUCUUGUCAUGACUAAAAUGGACCCUCCACUUGCCGUCCUCGCUUCUCUCUGGUUCUACAUGACACCUCAACCGCCGAAACCAGCAAUGCACGAUAUUGUUAUGGGUAAUUGGAAUAGUGGAGCUAAGAAUAAGGCAGCUGGGUAUGACGGACCAAUCUUCGGACCAACAUCUUUGAUCAUCAACAACGAAUGUUCCGGAGAAGACCCUACAAAUCCAGGAGGACCAGGAGAAUCCAGAAGAAUUAAGGCAUUCAAGUGGUUCUGCGGGUACUUUGAUGCACCAACUGGACCAGAACAGACACUUUCUUGCAAGAACAUGCCAGUCCCACUCGACCAAAUCUUCUACAACUUGAGUUACCAACCAGAUUGGUCCUCGACUUGGAAGGAGGUUCCAUGCACCUGUGCUCCUGCCAGCUACGGAGGACUUAUCUUCUACUACGACCCUGAAUAUUAUCCAGCCAGUUUUGUUGCUCAAAACGCCUAUAAUCGUAUCAAAUGCAUUGCGAGUAUCUACGCGAAUCCAUCAAUGUAUUCCAUGGAUAACUCGACAUCUCCAUGUCUAAAUUAUUGA